AUGGAUAGCGAAGGGCAGAUAAUAGAGAAUGAAGACCUGGCCGAAGAGAUCGAUGCUAUCAAUGCCAUAUAUGGCCCGUCUACGAUAACACUUACAUCCUCGUCUCCGCGUGCCGAAUUGGCCGUAAAGCACACGAUAAUACUUACAAUACCCAGCCACGAGACUGUCUCGUUUCUGCUAGGAUUUGGCUCCAAUUAUCCAACAACUCCUCCGCGUGUUCUUGGACCUGCCUCCAGCGGAGCGAGAGGCGAAGGGAAGAGAUAUGCGGAUAUAUUAGCAGACUCUGUUGAAAGAGUAUGGACGGAGGGGUCAGUUUGCCUUUACGAUUUGAUCGUCGAUGCAGAAGAGCGGUUUAAUGAGAUAAAAUCGGCACAGAACGAGAAAGAAAAGAACGACAAUACUCUGCCAAUAGAUGAACCGUCUACGUCUACGCUCGAAGAGAAGGACAUGCAUUCCCUUGGCCUGGCUACCCCGCCGCCGUGGGUAAUAUCGGAUGCGAUUACAGAGAAGAAAUCUGUGUUUGUGGCGCGAGCAGCGACAGUAGAAUCCAAGGAGCAGGCAGAGAAAUAUCUUGACCAUCUUCUCGCAACAGAAAAAAAGCGCAUUCGACAAUCCCAGCAAUCUUCAAACGACCAACAACAACAGCCAGGUCGCGACACUGUUGUUCAAGAUUUUGAUGACGACGGCGAAACGGCAGCUGGCGGAAGACUGCUACAUCUUAUGCAGUUGAUGGAUGUCUGGGACGUUGUGGUCGUUGUGACAAGAUGGUACGGCGGAGUAAAACUUGGGCCUGAUCGUUUUCGAAUUAUCAACGCUGCUGCUAGGGAUGCGUUGGUCAAGGGAGGGUUCGAAAAAGCUCAAUCGACAGAGAAAGGGAAGAAGAAGGGAAAGAAAUGA